AUGUCGAAGGCGCUUCCGCCCAUCACGACGGCGUCGCGCGGCCGCCAGUUACAGCAGCCCACCCCACUCUCGCCCACGGACGGGCAGUACCAGCUCACCACGACAAUGAAACAGCGCUCCACCAGCCGCCGCGUUGGCGUGGAGGUGGAGUUCUCGCUCGGACCUGUGCAGGAGCGCUACCUGCCGCCGUACAACGACCUUGAUGACCCGCACCUCGCGCCGUACUGGGCGCGCCGGGAGAUGAUGAUCCGGGAGGCCGCCGAGCGCCGCCACGAGAUGCAACGACAGCGACGGCUGGAGCGGCAGCGGCGUGAAGCAGCGCGGCGGAGGUUUGAGCAGCGCCGCCAGCGCGAGCUGGAGGAACUCUCUGCGCGCAAGGGCUACCUCACGCAGCGCCGGGCUGCAGAGGAAGAAGAGGAGGAGGACGCCCACCACACACGCCACACUGCGGACGGCCAACACGGCGUGAAGAAGCAACAUCCCCAUCCACCGCCAAGCAAAGGUGCCGCUGGUGACCAGCGAAGGCGGCGGCGCUACGAGGCGGCCGCAUGGACAUCUUCUUCGGGCUCUGCUGCUGCCGAUAACGGCAGGNCCCGCCGAUCUUCGCCACAAGCGCCCGUGAAGGAGGCGGCAGCAGCGGCACCACCACCACAAGCAGCAGCAGCAGCAACAGCAGCAGAAAAGCCUGCAGAAGAGAAAAAGUCACCCGCGAUGUUGCCCUUAUCAUCCAGCUUGUCUUCGCCCUCAUCAUCACAUCGGGAGUGGCACGAAGAGGCAGAAAAACCGGUGGAAAAUAUGACAGUUGCGCAGCAACAGCCCGAGACGAAGGCGGAGGCGCCGAGCGAUUCGUCGUCUGCGGCUUCUCGUUCCUCAUCUUCGUCGUCGUCGUCGUCAUCAUCGUCGUCGCCGGUACGGGAUGAGCAGGGUAGGGAACCCCAUCGGGUAAAGGACACAAGGUCAGACGAGGGCCAGAGUGACGACAAUGCCUCUGACAAGCCGCCCCGGUCCGAAGAAAACUCACCGAAGCCUGCGGAUGCUGAUCCGAAGAUGGAUGCCGCUUCCGACGAUGAAUACAGGGAUGAUGACUUCGAGGCAUCCGAGGCGUCAGAAAAGGAGCUCGAUGAGCCGGACGCCAAGCCGCUCGAUGCAGAGGGUGUGGAGGAGCCGGAGCAGCACUCCGAUGAAUACAAGGAUGAUGACUUUGAGGCAUCUGAACCAUCACCCAAGAGGGAGGAGCCCGUGGAAUCACUGCACGCUGAAGCGGAAAAGGAGGCGGAGGAGUCGGAGCAACACUCUGAGGAAUCCAAGAAUGAUGAAUACAAGGAUGAUGACUUUGAGGCAUCCGAGCCAUCACCCAAGGAGGAAGCAGUUGUGAAUCCUCCGAAUGCGCAAGCAGAUGAGUAUGUUGAUGACUUCGAGUCACCCGCACAAGCAGCGAAGGAAGACGUCUCUACGAAAGACACCGGCUCCAGCAAGAGCAGUAGAAGAAGCAGUGGCAGCUCCACUGCAGUGAAGAGUGAGACGCCGGCCUCGACACACGAAUUGGAUGAGGUGCCUGAAGUGGCAACAGGCAGCCAAAACAAUAAUGCUGUGGACGACCUUGUGAAGACGGCGUCCUCUGCCUCCAGCUCAUCGUCGCCCUCCUCUGCUUCCGUGAGUGACGCGAAGGAGCUCAGCGAGUCUGACGUGGCGAAGACAGAGGAGGUGGCUAAUGAAGACGACGAGUUGUAG